AUGCUAUUUUACAUCUUCCUUCUAUGGGCAGUGUCGGCUCUUCCGACUCUCACAAACAAUACUACUUUGAUUCCACUCAAAAAUGGGACACUCAAUUAUAUUUCAAUUGAAAGGGUGAACACCACUUCGCUGCCUGCCAAGUUCGAAGGAUUCUCCGCAGCGGUCGUAAAGCACAAUAGUGAAACACCCCCUCGUGUGAAACACUGGACCAUCUCGGAUUGCGAAUCAUUUAGCAGACAACAGAUGGCAGCAGUUAUCAGAUACUAUCCUUAUGUUGAGGUGGUUUGCGAGAAGCAAAACUCGCUAUUGUAUCCAGCUGUUCUUGAUGACAGCCCUACAGGCCCUAAACAACCAGACGCUACUGAUUGGCACCUGACCAAGCUUACAUCCUAUCGAUUCAAGGAAUUCAAGAUUGAGGUCGAAGCCGAAGAAACAGCUUUGAAAAUGCCCUUGGCCCAAUGCAUAGCCUUCAGUCAUGAGGAGGCCCCUGCCACUACAGAAGUUCGUCUCACCAUCGCUGAUAACAUGGAUUUCGAGCUAGAACCGACUUUGGAGUCUAUCGUGCACCAAGAUACCUUGAAAUGGGUUUUUGUCGGUGGUAAAGGUGGUGUCGGUAAGACAACCACUUCGUCCUCGAUCGCUGUUCAGUUAGCGUUGGCAAACCCAACCGAGCAGUUUUUGCUUAUCUCGACUGAUCCAGCUCAUAAUUUGUCUGAUGCUUUCUGUCAGAAGUUUGGCAAGGACGCCAGAAAGGUCGAAGGCUUGUCCAACCUUUCGUGUAUGGAAAUCGACCCCGAGGCCGCCAUGAGUGACUUGCAGAAUCAGGCUCAACAGUACAAUAACGACCCCAACGACCCGUUGAAGAGCAUGAUGAAAGACAUGACCGGCUCUAUUCCAGGUAUCGAUGAAGCCUUGUCGUUCAUGGAAGUGUUGAAGCACAUCAAGAACCAAAAAGUCGCCUCCGACAAGGAAGACAGCGACUCCAUUUCCUACAAGACCAUUAUUUUCGACACAGCUCCUACAGGACAUACAUUGAGAUUCUUGCAGCUUCCUGCUACUCUCGAGAAGUUGUUGUCGAAAUUCAAGGACUUAUCGGGCAAAUUGGGCCCUAUGUUGAGCAUGCUCGGCGGCGGUGCUGGCCAACAGCAAGACAUCUUUGAGAAAUUGAACGAAGUGCAGAGAAAUGUCAGUGAAGUCAAUGAACAGUUCACCAAUCCCGACUUGACGACCUUUGUCUGUGUGUGUAUUUCGGAGUUCUUGUCGCUUUAUGAGACCGAGCGUAUGAUUCAAGAGUUGAUGAGCUACAACAUGGACGUUAACUCGAUUGUGGUGAACCAGUUGCUUUUUGCCGAAGAGGAUGAUUGCAGAAGAUGCCAGUCUCGUUGGAAGAUGCAGAAGAAGUACUUGGAUCAAAUGGGAGAGUUGUACGAGGACUAUCACUUGGUGAAGAUGCCUUUGCUCGGUACCGAGAUCAGAGGCGUGGAAAACUUGAAGAAGUUUUCAAAGUUUUUGUUGAAGCCUUACGACCCCAAGGCCGAUAAGAGCCUUGUUUUUGAAUUAGAGGAAACAAAAUAG